CCAGUCCGUGAAACACUAACUUCCGGUUUUACGUGGAACUGCCAUAGUGGAAAUUUAGCCGGUUGUACACAAUUUAUAGCAAUUUAAGAGUAACAGAAUCAUCUUAUGGCAUUAUGUUGACGAAAUUUGAAACAAAAUCUGCAAGAGUGAAAGGUCUUACCUUUCACCCGAAAAGACCAUGGGUGUUGACAAGUUUGUUCAAUGGUGUUAUCCAGUUAUGGGACUACAGAAUGUGUACAUUGAUAGACAAGUUUGACGAACAUGAUGGUCCUGUAAGAGGAAUCUGUUUUCAUAGCCAACAGCCAUUGUUUGUAUCUGGUGGGGAUGAUUAUAAAAUUAAGGUUUGGAACUACAAACAGAAAAGGUGUCUCUUUACUUUACUUGGUCAUCAAGAUUACAUAAGAACAACAUUCUUUCAUCAUGAAUAUCCUUGGAUUUUGAGUGCUUCAGAUGACCAGACAAUCAGAGUAUGGAACUGGCAAUCAAGAACCUGCGUUUGUGUAUUGGCAGGACAUAGUCAUUUUGUAAUGUGUGCACAGUUUCAUCCAUCUGAGGACUUAAUAGUGUCAGCCUCCCUUGACCAGACUGUUAGAGUAUGGGACAUUUCAGGGAUGGUUGCCAAAAGUGCAAGCGGGGAGGGUCUGAGGAAGAAGAACGUAUCACCUGGCCCAUCAAGUAUAGAGGACAGAUUAAGAGCCACAGGGCAGACUGAUUUAUUUGGAAUGUCUGAUGCUGUUGUUAAGCAUGUUCUUGAAGGACACGACAGGGGUGUGAACUGGGCAGCAUUUCAUCCUACACUUCCCCUGAUUGUAUCAGGAGCAGACGACAGACAGGUCAAGUUAUGGAGAAUGAACGAUGCUAAAGCAUGGGAGGUAGACACAUGCAGAGGACACUACAACAAUGUUUCCUGUUGUACUUUCCAUCCAAGACAUGAACUAAUACUUAGUAACUCAGAGGACAAGAGUAUCCGGGUCUGGGAUAUGAGCAAAAGGACUGGAGUACAGACUUUCCGUAGAGAACAUGAUAGAUUCUGGAUCAUGGCUGCUCAUCCAACUCUGAACUUGUUUGCUGCUGGUCAUGACAGUGGAAUGAUUGUAUUCAAACUGGAACGUGAACGUCCAGCCCAUGCAGUUCACAAUAAUAUAGUGUACUAUGUUAAAGACAAAUACCUCAGAAAACUGGACUUUAACACUUCAAAGGAUGGUGCAGUCAUGCAAAUUAGAGGGGGAAGCAGAUCUCCAGUAUAUAGUAUGUCCUACAACCCAGCAGAGAAUGCUGUCCUGCUUUGUACCAGAACACAGGUUGUAGAAAACUCUACAUAUGAUUUAUAUCCCAUACCAAAGGAUAGUGAUUCACAGAACCCUGAUUCUCCUGAUGGAAAGAGGUCAGCUGGACUGACUGCUGUAUGGGUAGCCAGGAACAGAUUUGCAGUCUUAGAUAAGACUCACAGUAUUGUUAUCAAGAAUCUAAAGAAUGAGGUAACAAAGAAAGUACCAGCCCCUAACUGUGAAGAUAUUUUCUAUGCUGGCACUGGAUGUUUGUUAUUGAAGGAUGCUGAUGGUGUCACAUUGUUUGAUGUUCAACAGAAAAGAUCGUUAGCCUCUGUGAAGAUUUCUAAAGUGAAAUAUGUUGUAUGGUCGGCUGAUAUGUCUUUUGUGGCUCUUCUAAGCAAACAUGUGAUAUCUGUGUGUAACAGAAAGUUAGAAAAUCUGUGUACUAUCCACGAGAACAUCAGAGUCAAAAGUGGAGCUUGGGAUGAAAGUGGUGUGUUUGUAUACACAACCAGUAAUCAUAUUAAAUAUGCUCUCACAAAUGGGGAUCAUGGAAUUAUUAGAACUCUAGAUUUACCAAUCUACAUAACAAGGAUUAAAGGAAAUAGUGUGUAUUGCCUUGACAGAGAGGCCAGACCAAGGGUUCUCAGUAUAGAUCCUACUGAAUUUAAAUUUAAACUUGCAUUGGUGAACAGAAAAUAUGAAGAGGUUUUACAUAUGGUGAGAUCAGCUAAAUUGGUUGGACAGAGUAUAAUCUCUUAUUUACAAAAGAAAGGCUAUCCAGAAGUAGCUUUACACUUUGUUAAAGAUGAGAAGACGAGAUUUGGUCUAGCUUUAGAAUGUGGUAAUAUAGAGAUUGCUUUAGAAGCUGCAAGAGCUUUGGAUGACCCAUCCUGUUGGGAGAAAUUAGGAGAGGCUGCUUUGCUACAGGGAAAUCAUCAAGUUGUAGAAAUGGCUUACCAGAGAACAAAGAACUUUGAUAAAUUAUCUUUCUUAUAUCUCCUCACAGGAAAUCUGGAAAAAUUAAGGAAAAUGAUGAAAAUUGCUGAGAUCAGAAAGGACACCAGUAGCCAUUUCCAAAAUGCUUUGUUCCUAGGUGAUGCUGCUGAGAGGGUCAAGAUUCUGAAAAAUGUUGGACAGAAAUCCCUAGCUUACGUCACAGCUGCUACUCAUGGUCUCAAUGAAGAAGCAGAACAGUUAAAGGAACAGUUUGGUGAAAAUGAACGUAUUCCUGAUCUGUUUCCCAAUGCCAUGUUAUCACAACCUCCAGUACCCAUAAUGCAACAGGAGAGUAACUGGCCAUUACUUACAAGGACCAAAGGAUUCUUUGAGGGAGCUGUAGCAGCAACUGGAGCUAAGGCAGCAGGAGGAAUGGCAGCUGUUGAUAUGGAUGAGGGUGCUGGUGAAGGAUGGGGUGAUGACGCUGAUCUUGUCCUUGAUGAUGAAGGAUUUGGUGGUGGUGGUGGUUUUGAUGAUGAAGUUGCCACAGGAGGUGAUGCUGAAGGUGGAGGAUGGGAUGUUGGGGAUGAUGACCUUGAACUCCCUGCUGAUCUAGAUGUAGGACCUGCAGGUGGUGAUUCAGGGGAAGGAUACUUCGUACCACCAACAAAAGGAACAAGUCAAACACAAGUCUGGUGCAAUAAUUCACAGUUACCAGUGGACCACGUGCUAGCAGGAUCUUUUGAAACAGCUAUGAGGUUACUUCAUGAUCAAGUUGGUGUGGUCAGUUUUGAUACAUACAAGCAGUUAUUUUUACAAACUUACAGUAGAAGUAGGACAUGUUUCCAAGGAAUCCCAUCAACACCCCCUUUGUUUGGUUAUCCUCAUAGAAACUGGAAAGAAGCAGGAGCCAGAAGUGGAGUACCAGCAGUAGGGUUAAAAUUAGCCUCCUUAGUACAACAGUUACAAGUAGCUUACCAGCUUACAACAACUGGUAAAUUCCCUGAUGCUAUAGAGAAAUUUAGAAGUAUCCUCCUUGGUGUACCAUUACUGGUGGUAGAUAAUAAACAAGAAAUAGCUGAGGCACAACAACUAAUAGAGAUCUGUAGAGAAUACAUUGUUGGGUUGAGUAUGGAACAGGUCAGAAAAGAUUUACCCAAGUCAACAUUACAAGAACAGAAAAGAAUUUGUGAGAUGGCAGCCUACUUUACUCAUUGUAAUCUACAGCCUAUACACAUGAUACUGACAUUACGUACAGCCCUCAACCUCUUCUUUAAGUUAAAGAAUUAUAAAACAGCUGCAUCAUUUGCCAGACGUUUAUUAGAAUUAGGACCUAAACCAGAUGUAGCAGCCCAGACAAGAAAAAUAUUAGCAGCAUGCGAACAGAAAUCUACAGAUGAGCAUGAAUUAAAAUAUGAUCAACAUAAUCCAUUUGAUAUUUGUGCAGCAAGUUAUGUUCCUAUAUAUAGAGGUAAACCAGUUGUAAAAUGUCCACUGAGUGGUGCAUGUUAUUUACCAGAGUUUAAAGGUCAAACUUGCAGAGCAACACAGGUGACAGAAAUUGGUAAAGACUGCAUUGGCUUGAGAAUUAGUCCUAUACAAUUCAGAUGAGGAAAAUAGUGAUUAAAAUUAAACAUUCAUUGUAAUUAUUUGUAGUUCAACGUGGAUACAAAAACUAUGUUAUGAUUAUGUAUACUUUUUGAACUUUUAAAAAAGCAUGUUAUAUGAAAUACAUUGUAAAGUUACAAGACUUUGAACAGAAUAUUGACAUUUAUUAAGAUGAUUAUUUGAAAACGGAAAUGCUUUUAUUGAGUAUUUAUUUGUGAAAUAUUUGCUAUUUGUUAAAGGAGAAUAUUUAUUGACUGGUAAUAAAAUCAAGUAAUAUAUAA